AAAAAAUAAUAAUUGUAAAAAGAAUUUCAUAUCGAACAUAAAAAAUGCAUUUAGAAUACUCAUAUUUUGUUUUAUAUAUCGUCAACGCCAUUGGUAUGAUAAAUGCGAAUGAUAAUAAUGUUAAAUUCUUACAAUCAAUAUGCCAACAACCAAUAUGGAAACAAUUAAAGACACUUUUAUGUAUUAAUGAAAAUGGUAAUAAAGUCACCAUAGAAGAAAUAGCCAAUGCUAAUUUAGUCACUAGAGAGACAUUAAGUCAUAAAGCAAAACAGAUGCAUUUACUACUAAGCUGCAAUAGUGCAUAUUUUUUUGUGCAGUAUUCAGAAUUAGCGAAAUGCUUAAAAGAUAAAUGUGAAGAAAUCCGCUUAAUAGAAAUCGUUGAGUCAUGUAAAGGUGAUUUGAGGAAUGAAUUGAAGAAUAUUCCAGAAGUAAUAAAAAAUUGGAAGUCGCUAUUUUUAAAAUUAUCGAAGAUGAGUAACGUAGAAAAAAAUUAUGGAAUUUAUUCAGUAUCCGAUAGUCUGAUAAACCUAGGUACACUAGCUUUAAAAGACCAGUAUAUUGAUGCACGUCUUAUAGAUAUACAGUCAACUACGAACGAUUUCAUAGAAGCAAACUGCUUUCAACCAGAAAUCGAAUUUAAAACCUUUAUGGAUAGUUACCGAGAACAGAUUAAUAAGUGUAACAAUACGUAUAAAUUAACUGGUAAACUAUUAGUGUUGAUGGAACUUUUAAGAGAAUAUUUAGCGACUUUUUAUUUUCAAUUAAAACUUGAAUCUACAUCAAAGUUACAAAAUGCGUAUCCUAAUAAACUCAUAGAGGAAAGGUAUCAAAGAAUGUUAUAUCCUAGUGAGUUAAAAAUGCUACCAGAAUAAAUUUUAUUUUCUGUUUUAUCUUUAUUUCUUUUUAAUUGGGUAAGUGUAAGAUAGUUAAAUCCAUUAAAAGAUAAAUAUAAUAUAUAUAAAAAAAAAUUAAAUAGAUAGAUAGUUUUUUUAAAUUAUAUUACGGAUAAUUAAUGCCUUUAACAUUGGAUACGCUUUUUAAGAAAUUAUUGUUAUUAAAGUUUACAUUCUAUUUUAAUGUUGUAAUCAUAUAAUAUUUGUUUUAUGUUAUUGUGUAGUUCACGAGUGUCUUAGCACGUACACUUUAACGGUUGUUAUUGUAAUCUUUGUUUUUUUGAAUAUGUUAUCAAUAUUAUAAAUAUACAAGAUCACCAAAAUAGAGUUCUCUUCUUUCACACACAAAAUAACUAUUUAACUUUCAAACAGAAUCAUUUUAUUAUACAAAUUUAAAAGGAACCCCUAAACGCCUAUCACAAUGAUUCAAUUAGAAUGAAAUUUUCAGUUUUCAAGAUUUGGCUAGGGAUCGUUCGACUACAAUCCUUGAAUUAUAAAAAGCCAUAUUUUUUUUCUAUAAAACCAGUUCUUCAGGUUAUUUCAAAAGUUAAAAAAAAAAUUUCACUCUGAGACUUAAUUAUUUAUUAAAUUUAAAAAACAAUUAGUUUUUUUUUUUUAUUCGUUUAGGACUUUUUAAAUUUAAAUAAUACUUAGAAGAAUUAAAGUGAAUUUUGUUUUGGUGAUUUUUUAUAUAAGGUUCUUUGUGUAUUAAAUAAUAAUAUUUUAUCACGGAAUAAAUUUCAAUUCUCAUAUUAAAUAUCGAUUUUUUUAAUAAUUUAAUUUUAACAUUAAACCUAAUCCAACAUUAAAUACUUAAUCAAUGGUAAAUAUUUAUUAUGUGUUUUUUUACUGAGUAGCUAGAUAUAUGUUAGCUUAGGAUAACAUCCUAGGAUGGCUCUUAUUUUUCAAAAAUUCCUUAAAAUGUAAAUAAAAUAUGAUUAAAUAUAUAGUAAUUUGUUUGAUUUAUAUAUAUUACGGAUAAUUAACGUUUUUAAAAUAGAAUUAGAUUUUUAAGAAAUAGUAGUUAUAGGAAUUAACAUUCUACUUUAAUGUUUUAAAAAGAUAAUUUUCUUUAUCUUAUUACAGUUGAAAUUAGAAAUUAUCAUUAAUUGUAUUUUAUAAAAUCAUUAGAUACGAUCUAUGUAAUUAAUGAGUGUCGUGAUACAGACAUUCUAUAAUGGUCGUUAUUGUAAUCUUAUUUUUUGAUUUUGUUAUUAAUAUUAUGAAUAUACAAGAUCAUCAAAACCGAUAAAAAAUUAAAAAACUAGUAACUAUGUGACAAAAUCAAAUUAUUAUACAGAACUUUUAUUAUACAUUAUUAUUAUACAGCCGUUUUUUCCUAUUAAAAACAUCUUUCUUAAAGUUUAGAAAAAUAACUUACUAUCUGAGACUUAUAAUAAUAAAAGUUUUUAAAAGUUAAUUUUGUUAUUUUAAGUUUAUUUGUUCAUUAAAUAAUGUACACUAUCUGUUCAAUAAUGGAAAUAAAUGUAAAAUAAUAUGAUAAAAAUCGUUUUUUUCUUUCAAUUAUUUUAUAUUUACAGUUAGCCAAACUCAAUACUAAAUAUUUACUCAAUGGUUAAUUGUAUUGUAAGAUUUCCUACUGAAUAGCUAGCUCUGUGUUAGCUAUAUAUUGAAUUUAUUCUAAUGACCUCGUUCAAACAAAUAUUGUGCCGUCAAAUAAAAAGAAAAGUGAGCAAUUAGUCAUUACAUUAGUAUAGAAUGAUUAUUGC